AAUUUAAGUUACAUGUCUGGUUACUUUGUUUUUUAGGUUUUAUGUUAAGCAGCAGAUGGACAACCUGACAUUCAGCCACACAAUUCUCUUAGUAGAGGGACUCAACAUUACACGCCAAUCCUCCUAUCCUGUUUUCAUUGUGAUUUUAGUAGCCUAUGUGUUUGCAAUGGUAUCAAACAUUGGACUUUUAUUUCUGAUCUCAACAGAAAAGAAUCUGCAUGACCCUAUGCACCUUCUGUAUUGUAAUCUACCACUGAAUGAUAUACUAGGAGCAACUGUUAUGUUUCCACGAUUACUGAAUGAUAUUUUAAAGGAAACCUCAGAGCGAUAUAUUACAUAUGUGGAGUGUGUUAUUCAAGCUUAUUUUGUGCACAUAUUUGUUGCAGCAAGCCACUAUGUGUUAAUGAUAAUGGCCUUUGAUCGAUACGUAGCUAUAUGUAAUCCAUUACGAUAUUCAGCUAUAAUGACAAACAAAAUUGUAAUUAAAUUAUCAGCAUCAGCCUGGGGGUCGGCAAUAGUUGUAGUGACAGUCAUGUUAAGCCUCACUGUUCGUCUAUCUCGCUGCAGAUAUAAAAUUGAAAAUCCUUUCUGUGACAAUGCAUCACUGUUUAAACUGUCCUGUGAAGAUGUGUCUGUUAACAAUAUGUGUGGUAUUGUUUAUACUGCGAUUGUAGGCUUUCUGUCAGUAUUGUAUAUAUUUAUAACAUAUGUCAGGAUUGCUACUGUAUGCAUUACCAGAAAAAGCAAAGCACUUAACAGCAAAGCCAUAAAAACCUGCAGUACGCAUUUAGCUGUUUAUUUAAUCAUUUGUGUAUGUGCAGGCAUUUUUAUUUAUCUGCACCGCUUUCCUGAAUACUCUGAAAGCAGGAAACUAGCUGGUAUAAUGCUGCACAUCAUACCACCAGGGUUAAAUCCUUUAGUGUAUGGUUUACAAAACAAAGAGCUGAAACAAAAUAUUGUUAAAAUUUGUUGUAGAAAAAAGAAAGUUCAUAAUUUAUUUUCAUAAUAAUUUAUAAAUGUUACAAGUCAAUAUUAUAAUGUGAUGUAUUAUGAAAAAUUAAAUAUAUAUGAUUAUUAUAAACUGUCUUUUCUCCAGAAUAUUGUUGAAUUUUAUUUUAAGCCAUUACAGCAGGUUGGGUAUAAACAGGUGUAGUUGAGUCAACAAUAAACACAAAACUGUUCCAAAUUCCUUAUUUACAGUAUGGAAUGAAAAUAGAGGGUUAUUUACUUUGUUCAGAUUCACUAUGUGCAUCAUUUAAUUUACACAAUUGACUUGUUUUAGUGAUCCUAGUGUCAUGCUAAUGGAAUAAGCUUGUUGUAUUGCCUAGGCCAGAGGUUUUCAAACCUUUUUGUCAGGCGAACCCCUUGACCUAAAUUUCUAAUUUGGAUUUUAAGUAAAUAUUUCAAUAAUUUAAUAGCACAUUUGCAUGCUAAACUUCAAAAAUAUGUAUUUUCCA